CCGCUCCUUCCCUCCCUCCCUCCCUCCUCCCCUUCCUCGCUCCGCCGCCGGCCCGCGGGCGGCCAUGCGGGCGGCCCAGCCGCGCUGCCGGCAGCAGACGCUGGCCCUGCGGCGGCAGCUCCUCGGCUCUUCUUGCAAGCUGUUUUUUCCUAACGAUCCAGUGAAGAUUGUGAAGGCAAAAGGCCAGUACAUGUAUGAUGAGGAUGGGAGACAGUACCUUGACUGCAUAAACAAUGUUGCUCACGUUGGACACUGUCACCCUGAUAUAGUAAAGGCAGCCCAUGAACAGAAUCAAUUGUUAAAUACUAAUUCUCGUUACCUUCAUGACAACUUGGUUGAUUAUGCAGAAAGACUUUCAAAAACACUACCUGAAAAAUUAUGCAUCUUCUAUUUCUUGAAUUCUGGGUCUGAAGCCAAUGACCUUGCCCUGAGAUUGGCACGGCAGUACACAAAACAUGAGGAUGUUAUUGUUUUAGACCAUGCUUACCAUGGACAUCUGACAUCUUUGAUUGACAUAAGCCCAUAUAAAUUCAGAAAUCUAGAAGGACAAAAGGAAUGGGUCCACGUGGCUCCUGUUCCAGACACAUACAGAGGACUUUACAGAGAAGACCAUGAAGAUUCAGUAACAGCCUAUGCUGAUGAAGUAAAAAAUAUUAUUGAGCAUGCACAUAAGAAAGGCAGAAAGAUUGCUGCAUUUUUUGUUGAAUCUCUACCAAGCGUUGGUGGUCAAAUCAUUCCCCCAGCAGGAUAUUUUCAGAAGGUUGCAGAGCACGUGCACAAGGCAGGAGGUGUAUUUAUUGCUGAUGAAAUUCAAGUUGGCUUUGGCAGGGUUGGCAAGCACUUUUGGGCAUUCCAGCUUCAGGGAGAAGAUUUUAUACCUGAUAUUGUCACUAUGGGGAAACCAAUAGGAAAUGGGCACCCGCUUGCUUGUGUAGCGACAACAAAAGAAAUUGCAGAAGCAUUUGCGGCCACAGGAGUAGAGUAUUUUAAUACAUUUGGUGGGAACCCUGUUUCAUGUGCCAUUGGAUUAGCUGUGCUUGAUGUAAUUGAAAAGGAACACCUUCAGGCUCAUGCCACAGAGGUAGGCAACUUCUUGAUGAAGACACUCAAGGAGCAGCAAAUCAAGCAUCCCAUCAUCGGUGAUGUCAGAGGGUGUGGCUUAUUCAUUGGAGUGGACUUAAUCAAGGACAAAGAAGAAAGGACUCCAGCCACAGCAGAAGCAGAGGAUUUAAUAACAAGACUUAAGGAAGAAUAUAUUCUACUGAGUACAGAUGGGCCAGGAAGAAAUGUGCUGAAAUUCAAGCCCCCAAUGUGUUUUAAUAUGGAGGAUGCAAAAUUUGUUGUGGAGACAAUUGACAAAAUACUAACAGGUAAAAAAAUGAUCAAAACCCUCAAAAAUAGUGGGUGGUUUCUGACUUUCUUAAAGACAAUGCUGAGCUGCUGAGCCUGAUUUUCACAUAAUGUUAAAAGGGAGACAAGAUGGUAAAUGCUGAGCAUAUAGCCUUCCCUUCUCAGUUAUUCUGUGUUUAAGUUCUCCAACAAAACUACUUCCUCUGCAGAUGCACAUGUCUUUUAAAACAGCUGUUCUCUGGCUGAGGUUUGAGCGUUUAGCUUAUCUGAAUAAGCACAACUUGUAAAAGAGGUCCACAUGCUCCUGAAAGCCAUAAUCUAUGUACUUUUGCCUAUUAGCUUUUAUACAACUUCUACAGACUUAGCAUUAAGAAAGUUUGUGACAUGUUUUAUACUAAGUCAUGACUUUUCUAAGUUGUUGAUUAUUCUCUCUCCAGAUAUGGAAAAAGAAUGUCUGAACCAA